AUGGCUAUAGAAAAAUGGUUCUGGGUCUCUACAACAAGAAUUUUAUUCUGGCUGGUUUCUUGGUCUUUUUCUGUAGUACUGGGUGCACCCAGUAGUUUUAAAGACAUAUCAAAGUCGUGGGGCAAUGGUAUAGUUUCCUGUGGUAAGGAAAGCUUGCAGUUCACCUUGCCUGCAAGCCAAACAGAGAUUAUUCCCUUUCUGACUGCUCUGGAUCCAGAAGGCCACUCCCGUCCUCUUGUGAAUACUGCUUGUGUCUCUGUCUCUUGGAAACAAGAAGGCUCUGUGGUGUUUACUGUCCCUUUUACUGGAUGUUUCUUCACCAAAAAGAAUGGCAAUUUCUUAAUGUCUCUCAGGAUUGAAAGACAAGAUACUCUUGGCAAAGUUCUUCAUGAAGAGGUCUUGAAAUGCCCAAUCCAAUUGCCAGAUGCUCCAAGCAACAGUGUUUGCCUAGGGAUACAAAGACAAGACAGGCUUCCUUGUGGCUCUCAACCAGUGUCACAGGAAGAAUGUGAAGAAAAAGGCUGCUGUUAUAUCCCAGGUGAUUCGCACAUUCCUUGCUACUAUGGAAAUACAGUGACUGCACACUGCACACCAGAUGGUAGCUUCUCAAUUGCAGUAUCUAGGGAUGUGACUCUGCCAUCACUAAUUCUGGACUCUGUGCAUCUUGUCAGUGGACAUGGAAGUGGUUGUGUCCCUGUGACAAAAAACAAUGUCUUUGUCCUCUACAACUUCCCCCUCUCUGCCUGUGGAACUACUUUUCAGGGAGCUGACAAUCAAGGCAUAUAUGCCAAUGAGCUGGUAGCACACCAUGAUGUUCAAAAUUGGAAUAUGGGAUCCAUCACACGAGAGAGCACCUUCAGGAUAUAUGUCAGCUGCAGAUAUUCAGCAGGUGGUUUCCUUCCACUCACAGUACAAGUGUUUACACUGCCACCACCACCUUCAGUCACUCAGUAUGGUCCACUAAAUCUUGAGCUAAGAAUUGCCAUUGACCAAUACUACAGGGAAUAUUAUACCAGCAGGGAUUACCCUAUAGUGAAAGUCUUGAAGGAUCCUGUUUAUCUGGAGGUACGGGUCCUGCAACGAACAGACCCAAACCUUGUGUUGCUUCUCCAUGAAUGCUGGGCUACACCAAGUGCUAACCCUUUGCAGCACCCCCAGUGGCCUAUCUUGAUAAAGAGAUGUCCAUAUGGGGGAGACAACUACCAGACUCAGUUUGUAUCUAUUGGAACAGAUUCAGGACUACAGUUUCCUUCUCAUUACCAACGCUUUGUCAUAAGUACUUUCACCUUUGUGGACUCUACUUUGCAAGAAGCACUCACUGGACCAGUAUACUUCCACUGUAGUGCUGCUGCCUGUAUUCCAUCAGAAAUGGAAUCCUGCAUGCUUCACUGUCCUGGGGUGAGAGCCAGGAGAACACCUGAGGACCAGGUCCUGCAGAGCACCCCAAAGAGUCUAGUGACAGCAGAAGGACCAAUAGAUUUCCAGAUGAGCAAAGAGCAAGACAACACUGAGCAGAAAGGUUCUCAUUGGAUUAGUCCGCUGUUGUCCAAAGAAUGGGAAAGAGCACUUGUAGUUGCUGUGGGAGCACUCUUUGUUGCACUGGCUUUAGUAGGACUAAAAAAAUACUGGAAAAGACCACAACUACAGCAGGACAACAGUCAAUAAUAAAUAACCAGAACUGGGAAUUGCACUAGCUCUGUACUUAAGUAAUAUCCUAAAU